AUGCAUCUCGGCGUCUCCAUUCCCGCCCUUCUCGCGAUCGAUGUCUGCGCCCAAGGGAUCAACGACCUCGUCGCCGACUAUGGCCAUGGCGCGAAGGGUCAGAUAGAGCGCAACUAUAAGAUCGACUGGAAGAACCCGCCAAAGACGAGAUUCCACGCUCUACAAAGCAGCAUUUGCGACUGGAUGGGGGGUGGCAUCAUUGUGCAAACGCUUAUGAGGCAGACACGCGGUUCCUGGCUCAAAUUGACCCGCAACAUCCAGAUGCCGGAAAUCACCGUGUAUGUCAAAGCACACAACGAAACGAGCCAAAACAACUGGGGCCGAAGCACCGCGUCACUCUCGCUGUCGACGUGGACCACAGUCACAGACACGGUCACCGAGGGCUGGACGGUUGGCGGGACCCUGUCUCCCUCCAACCACCUGUCAAUCUCCUCGUCCUACUCCAAGCAUUACUCUUCCGGCACCUCUGUCACCGACAUCGAGACCCAGGACGUGCCCUGCCCGCCGCUCAGCCAAUGCACAGUCCAGACCUGGACGUAUCACAUCAAGGUUUCCGGAAUGUGCGAGCGUAUUCCCUUUUUCCAAUACCCCAUUUUCUUCUGGUGGAGUUGGGAUCCAUGUGACAUGAAGGCGCGGAGACUGUGUUCGGCGGCUCGCUACUUUAUCGAGAAAACCUGCCGUGUUUACGAGGUCCUCGGUCCGCGCUCUGGGGAUUGGACAAUCGCUAGCCAUAGAGCUGAGCCCUGUCAGCUGCGGUUCCCCAUCUUCGACCAGGCGGGCAAGCCCUUUACCGAGACCCAUAUUUUCACGACAUCGUUGAGCGAGACCCCGAGGGCCUACGAAAAGCACCCCGAUGGGUGGUGCUGGCUCGACUCGGGCGACUUGUACAGGGACGACUACGACCUGUACUGGAACAACGAAAAGAGCGCGUGGACGAAGAAGCCCUGGGCCACGAAGCCAGACGUCGCCGGGUUCCAGCCUUGCCGCAAGGCGCUGGAGCCCAGCUCCGACGGCGGCGACGGGACCGGCAGAGACAAGGCGCCCAAAGUGGCCGGCAAGGAUGGCAACGGAUACUGCUAUCUGAACGAUUCUCAUUAUUAUGCGAGCACGGGCAAGUACUGGACCAAGCAACGUGGGUGGUAUCGCGACGCGGAUGCUCCCAAGCCAAACAGCUCUCUAUUCGAGCCCUGUCCCGGAGACGAGGCGGCAGCAAGCUCCGGAAGUGAGGCCCACGAGGCAGUUUCCGAAGGCGAGGCCCCCGUGAUGACCUCAUCACAGGUGCCCAAGGUGAUAGGCAAGGAUCGAUACGGGUACUGCUACUUGAACCGUUCCCACUAUUUUGCAGGGAGAGGAAGCUACUGGACCAAGUCUCGCGGGUGGUAUCUCGACACGAAGGCGCCCGAGCCUGAUACUUCGGGUUUCAAGUCCUGCGUGCCCCGGAGGCUCGGACGGCGGCCUCCGAGGCCGGGACGCAAGGGGCGGCCCCUGCCGAUGCGCAACGGGACCCUCGGCAUCUCACCUCGUCAGUCACGGCCAAGGCCUCGGGGCCGAGAUCCACGACGAAGCACGUAG